AUGACGGCUCAAAUGGAAAAUCAACUUUGUAAGCUGUUUGUCGGCGGUCUCAACGUCCAAACCACCGACGAUGGACUGCGAGAGCAUUUCGAGCAGUUCGGGAAGCUCACUGACUGCGUGGUGGUGCAGAACCAGCAGCUGAAGCGCUCACGUUGCUUCGGUUUCGUGACCUACUCGAGCCCGGAGGAGGCAGACGCGGCCAUGGCGGCCCGACCUCAUGUUCUGGAUGGCAACAACGUCGAGCUGAAGAGGGCCGUUGCGCGGGAAGAUGCAGGCAAGCCCGAGGCUCUCGCAAAAGUGAAGAAGAUAUUCAUCGGCGGUCUUAAAGACGAUAUCGAGGAGGAUCAUCUCCUCGACUGCUUCUCGCAGUUCGGUGCGGUGGAGAAGGCGGAGGUGAUCACAGACAAAGAGACCGGCAAGAAGCGCGGCUUCGGCUUUGUUUAUUUUGAGGAUAACGAUUCGGCCGAUAAAGCAGUGGUGCUCAAGUAUCACAUUAUUAACGGUCAUAAAGUGGAGGUGAAGAAAGCCCUGACCAAGCAGGAGAUGCAGGCUGCUGGUAGUCGCGGUGGCCGCGGCGGCCGAGGAGGUGGACGGGGGAUGGGCAGACCGCAGAACGGCUAUGGCGGGCGCGGCGGCGGAUACGGCAACUACGGCGGCGGCUAUGGGGGCAAUGACGGCUAUGGAGGCGGAUACGGUGGCGGGUAUGGGGGAGGCUACGGGGACCAAAUGGAGGGCUACGGCGGUGGUAACGGCUACAAUGACUUUGGCAGCGGCUAUGGCCAGCAGUCCUCUGGCUAUGGCCCAAUGAAAGGUAAUUACUCGGGCAGAAGCAACGCUCCUUACUCCCGAGGUGGUGGUGGUGGUGGUUACGGCAGGGGGGGUUACGGAGGCUCGUAUUAGGAGCGUUUAUUAGGUCUGAUAUUAAGAGCAGCUCCUUCCCCAGCCCACAUCACAGUUUUGACCACACAUUAUCUUCAGCUAAGUAGCCAGAUUUAGCCACCUUAAUGUGGCUUGGCAUUGACUGAAUCACUCAAGCUCCAUUCAGGAGGUCACAACUUAUCCAGCCUAGCAAAUCAUAGGUAGGGCUCACCUAUCCGACUUUGCUCAACAUCUUACAGCUGUUACUACUACUACUACACAUCCUUUUGCUCUCUUCCCUGAAGUACCUAGGGAUAAUUUUUUUCAGCAAGACAUAGGACUACUACUCUGGAUCUCUACUUAUUAUAAGACUGGCCAGUGGUGGCUGGCGCAGGCUACCUGUUUCUCACACGUUUUUUUUGUGCAUUGGGAUUAAGUUAAGAUUAGUAUUUUUGCUUGUUAGUGUUGGCAUGUUUUUCUCCUUUUAGUAUAUGUAUUGUAUCUUUAUUGUGUCUUUGUUUUCUUCUUUUCAAGACGUAUUUAAAUCUGGUUUUAAUUUAGAACCAAUCGCAGUGAACCCCCUGUAGAGAUUCAAGAUUUCAUUGGUUGGCUGCAGGCACUAUUUGCAUAUCACGUGAUCUAUAGAGUGCAACAGUCUGGUUCACGAAGUAAAAUACUAUAAUUUUUUUUUUUUUUUUUUUUAAUAAGUGGAAUUCCUGGUAAAAAGAAACUACAUUAACCAUGAUUCUGUAAAAAAAAAAAAUCCACCAAUCAGAAUUGAAACAAGCAACUUUUGCUUGUAAAUUUUAUUUAUUUUUUUGUAAAAACACUUUAGCACCCGCAUACUCCCAUGAAGCAUGGCGAAUGAAGUAAUAGUCGCUCUCAAACUACUUAAAUAUUGUGUGUAUAUAAAAAAUAUUGUUUGUGUACACUCAAAUUUAAAUCGAUAGUUUUACAUCAUUUUUAAUUUUUCAUUCGCAAUUCUUCUUGGGACUGUAGUUCUUUCCCUCAUUAAAGCAGUUCCAAAUGCCACUUUCUUUAAAUCAAAGUUUGUAAUGAUGUGAUUCACCUUGUAGCUGGUUGAUUUGUUUCAUUCAUGGUUCAUAAUGUUUAAACAAAGACUUUUUUUUUUUUUUUUUUUUUAAAUUAAAAUAUUUCCAGUAAUAAGGCCACUAAAAAAAGUUGACCGGCACUAAUGCGCUUGAAAGACUUGCUGCAGAGUCUGUUGCCAACCAAUGAAAGAUUCAACUUUUAUUUAAUUAGGCUCGAUGGCAACUGGAAGUUGUUCGUCCUAACAUAAGAAACGUGUUGGAAUAAACAAACUUCUGUGGCGUCUCAGUGAAAACAAAGUUAAAUGGACUAGUUUCAGUUUCAAAUGUUCAGACUUACUUAAAAACCCCCUCAAUAUCCGUUAAUAUAGUGACUCUUAACGUGUGUCUCCCAAUUAGUGUCAUUUGUUAAAUAGUUAAUUCUGAAAAUAUUGUCAUUGGUGUUACAGUGAACCUUUUUGACGGGACUCUGAAGACAGAUUUGAGUUGUUUUUCUACAGUUUAAUUAUUUAGUAAAGGACUUAAAUGUUCUUGUCUCAUUGUAUUACUGCUUCAACGGAAUAACCUAUUGAAUAUUCAUUGUUUAUUUCAGAUACAACUGAACUGUAUGUACUUCUGUUAAUAAAAACCAUUACUCCGUAGCCAUUAUGGUUCUUGACAAGCUGAGAUUUAUUGGGUGGUUUUGACGUGUAUAUAUAUAUAUAUAUAUAUAUAUAUAUAUGAGGCCCGUUUAGUGAUUUGUCUUCCCAACUAGGUAAGACUAAAAUUGGAGGUGCAUCCUUUGUCUUUAUCAGACAUUGGCUCUAGUGCUCCAUAUAUUAAUGCCAUUUCUUUGCAUCAGACAUGUGGGGAUGUUAAUAUUUUCCCAACCAUAUGUUGUCUUUAUUCUUAAAAUAUGUUUAGAGCUUUGUUCCAAUACUUUUAGUGAUCAAAUAAGAUGGAUCUAUACCUUAGCUGUGUCCACUACUACGUCAUUGGAUUCUCCAGGGGUACUCCAGAGAUGUAGAAACCCAGCUGAAAAUCCAUAGGAUAAUCGCACCAGGUUUGUAGAAAUACUUUAUACACAAGACAUUACAUCAGGUGUGUCUUUAACAUACUUUGGAUCCACCUGGAAGAAAAUCAGGUAUUUGUGAGUCGUUAACGUAAAGCGUGCAUGCAAAAUUUCCUAAAUACUAGCUGUGAAUAGCGUUAACUUGCGGUGAUCAUGUAACAUAGAGGAAAAGUGGCAAUUAGAACAUGCUCUGUAGUUCAAUGUGUGUGACGCUGUGGUGAUUGUGGUCUAUGUAGUUAUGUCUUAAUCAAAUAUUUUAGCCGAUUUCCAGUUUAAGGUCAAACCGGAGAAUGGAGCUUAUAGUUCCUGUAUACUUGAUGCAUUAGUUCCAGAUAUUAAUGACAUCAAAUGCAAAGGAGAUCAGCAUUUAUUAAGCAAGGUUUGUGCUUUCAGUUAUUUACUUUACAUCUUAUCAAUCCCCCUCCCCUCCUCAUCUCGGUGUUUUGCUCGUGUUUUGUCCUUCUACAUUUCUGGGACUCUUAAGUGGACAGUGGAUAUUGUUCAUUAUUCAGUGAGACUAGUGAAGAUUCAAGUGAGAUCUGCUACUCUCAUUCUUAAAGCACACCUCCUACAUAGACCCUCAAAGGCACAGUGUGUAAAUCUGAUGGGGUUGUGUCAUAGAUUGACUGUAGACAGACAUGUUUCAGGACACUGUUGACUUGACACUUACAUGCAUCUGCAUCUGUCUUCUUUUUCCACAGAGGGUAUGCAAUGGAAGGAUUUAAAUAAAAUCUCACUUCCAACUGCGGCCGCUUGAUGAACCUCUGCUGUGGCUGUGAAUCCAGUUGCUCUGAAAUGUUAAGGAAGAACUUCAUCAGUCAGUUUGUCUUGCAGAGUUUGCAUAUGAAUGCAUAUGCAUGCUAGAUUCCUGUGGACUUCUUAAGAGGCAGGGUGCCUAUGGCCUGGUGCCAAGAUGAUGCCAUGAUAACAGUACCCGGAGGGCGGCUUCAUUCGGAUGCCAUGACUGCAGUUGAAUCUAAUGCAAAAAGUGAUUGGAAUACAUGUGCAUAUGAACAGGAAUGAACCUGGCAUUGAAUGUGUUGUAUGAAUUAAAUAAAGAAAAGUGAACUGAA